UCUCGUUAUGUACAUGAGCUGAUAGUGAUGAGCAUCUUCAAAGCCAGCAUUCCUCAUCAGAAUUGGAGUCUAGAUCUGCGAUCGCGAUACUCGUGCGUACUUGUUGAAAAUUAAACUCACAAAUGUAGCAGGCCGGCCGUUGUGGCUGAACUUUAUAAACUAACUGUACACACAAAAACAGAACGAGAAAAGUCUCCGGUGUAAAACGCAUUCAGUUGAUCUCUAAGAAGCCUUGUAACACCUAACGAAACGAAAUUGUUCCCCCCUGUGUCAUUCAUGAAUAGACGUCCUUUACAGGCCACAGUCACCGGUGAAUUGGGGUAGUUGACGGGCCAUGGCCGCAGCAUUGGUGCCGGAAACUGGAUUGAGAGGGAAGAAAGUACGGCAAAUGAUCUUUGCUAUUUCUGGAAUUAUGACAACUCUUGUCAGCUACGGUCUAUUACAGGAAAAGAUAAUGAGAGUCCCUUAUGGGGCUAACAAGGAGUAUUUUAGGUACUCACUAUUUCUUGUUUUCUGCAACCGCCUUAUGACAUCAGCUGUCUCUGCUGGAUCUUUGUUGGCAAAUAAAAAAGCCUUAAAUCCUGUUGCUCCAGUUUAUAUGUAUUGCCUUAUAUCCAUCUCAAACAUUCUAACCACAACGUGUCAGUAUGAGGCCCUCAAGUAUGUAAGCUUCCCAGUUCAAACGCUUGCAAAGUGUGCUAAAAUGAUACCAGUUAUGAUUUGCGGCACCAUCAUCAUGCAAAAGAGAUACAAGGGACCUGACUAUUUAUUUGCUUUUUUAGUUACACUGGGUUGCUCAGUAUUUAUUUUAUUUCAGGCUGGAUCAGACAUUAGUCCUUACAAUCGAGGGAGGGAAAACACUGUAUGGGGUGUUUCCUUGAUGGCUGGCUAUCUUGGGUUUGAUGGCUUUACAAGCACAUUUCAAGAUAAGUUAUUCAAAGGUUAUGAUAUGGAAAUACAUAAUCAAAUAUUCUACACAGUAUUGUGUUCUUGUGUUCUUAGCUUCACAGGUCUAAUACUAGAAGGACAUCUACUUCCAGCAGUAGAUUUUGUUUUUCAUCAUAAUGAUUGUUUCUUCGACAUUGUGCUACUUUCUACUGUAGCUACCACUAGUCAGUUCUUCAUUUCUUACACAGUUCGCACAUUUGGUGCCCUCAUAUUUGCCACCAUAAUGACCACAAGACAGCUGGUGAGCAUCAUGCUGUCAUGUGUGUGGUUUACCCAUCCACUUAGCUGGGAACAGUGGACUGGAUCAGUUAUUGUUUUUGGUUCCAUAUAUGCAAAAAGCUUCUUCAGAAAUGAACAUAAGCCUCCACCUCCUGAGCUUCCUAUGGAAAACAGGCAAAACGGCCCUUCUGAUCCUGUGAAGGGGAACCUUUGACUCCCUUGAUAAAAUUCCUCAAUAUUAAUCUUCUAGCUUAACAAUCUUUCUCAGAAGUUGCGACCUCUAAUUUUCAGUUGAUAAGAGGAAGCUUAAGUUAUAGGUUUAAAGAUCCAUUGGAGAUUGUGAACUUGGAACGAAAGGCAUGGCAGCAAAUAGAGGUACAGCAUUGAAGCUGAUAGAGAUUAACAGAUAUUUGAUGACCCCUCAAAUUUUCUGUAGAGACUAAUUAUGGAUAGACAGAAACAUUUUUUUUUUGGUUUUAUUAUAAAAUUGUGUGGUGUUUGCGUAAAGAUGACAUAGAAAAUGUACUAGGCAUUAACACAAUCAGCUUGGCUUUUUGGAACAUUGCUUUUGCCUCUAACAAAAAACAAGAUCAAAAUGAGAGGAAAAACAAUUCAAGCUUUUA